AUGCUUGAUUUUCUAAGGAAAAAGUCGUCCGAGUCCGAGUCGGCGCCGCCGCCGCCGGAGACCUUGGUCGCGCCGCGCAAACCGUUCCGGAAGGCCAUCAUCCCCGUCAUCGCGUGCGGCGCCGGUCUCUUCUCCGACGGAUACAUCAACAACGUUAUUGGGUCCGUCACCACUGUCCUUGCGCUUCAGUAUGGCGACCUCUACAAGACCUCCAACGCCAAGAAGUACGUCGGCGACAUCGCUUUCGCUGGCACCGUCGUCGGCCAGCUGGCCUUUGGCUGGCUCGCCGACCACUGGUCGCGCACCAACUCGCUGCUCGUGUCAACCGUCAUCCUUGUGGUCUUUACCGCACUCGCCGCCGGCUCGUACUUCAAGGGUGACGCCGUGGGCAUGUUCAACAUCCUGGCCGCGUGGCGCUUUUUCGUCGGUAUCGGCAUCGGAGGAGAGUAUCCCGCGGGUAGCGUCGGCGCCGCAGAGUCCACCGGCGAACUGAAGUCGGGCUCGAGGAACCUCUGGUUCAUCAUGUUCACCAACACCAUGAUCGACUGGGGCUUUGUCAUCGGCGCGUUCGUGCCGUACGUGGUCGCUGCCGCGUGCCACAACAGCCACUACAGCACCAUUUGGCGCACCAGCCUGGGCAUCGGCGUCGUCUUCCCCAUCUUCCUCUUCGUGCUCCGCCUAUUCGUCAAGGAGCCCGAAGAGUUCACCAAGAACUCGAUGCGCUACGCCAAGACACCCUACCUGCUGUCCCUCAAGUUCUACGGCUGGCGCCUCUUCGUCGUCAGCCUGAUCUGGUUCAUCUAUGACUUCUCGGCCUACUCCUUCGGCAUCUACUCCUCCACCAUCCUGAGCAAUCUGUACGGCAACACGGCCCCGCUGACGACCGUCUUCGGCUGGAACACCGUCAUCAACCUGUUCUACAUCCCCGGCACCAUGCUCGGCGCGCCCGCCUCGGACUGGCUGGGACCGCGGUACGCCCUCGCCCUCGGCGUCUUCCUGCAGGCCGUCGUGGGCUUCAUCAUGGCGGGCGACUACUUCAACCUGUCGCAACCCGGCAUGGUCGGCGGUUUCGUCGUCGUCUACGGCGUCUUCCUGGCCCUGGGCGAGUUCGGGCCAGGGAACAACAUUGGUCUGCUGGCGGCCAAGACGUGCGCUACGGGCAUUCGCGGCAAAUAUUACGGCGUCGCUGCGGCUAUUGGAAAGAUAGGCGCCUUCGUGGGGACUUGGGGUAACAGCAUUCAUGUUUCCGGAGGGGCCCGUUCCCGUUGGCUAACCCACCCUUUCACAGUCUUCCCGUACAUCCAGGCUGCCGCCGGAGACGACGCCGUCGCCUCGGCCCAGUACCCCUUCUGGGUCUCGUCGUCCCUGUGCGUCCUGUCCGCCGCCCUCGCCGUCUUCUGCCUGCCGCACAUCGGCCAGGACACCAUCGCCAUCGAGGACGCCCGCUACCGCGCCUACCUGGAGGCCAACGGCUACGACACGCGGCAGCUGGGUCUCAAGAGGGGCGAGAGCGUUGAGAGUGCGGACGAACGGAGCCCCGUGGAGGGCUUGUCUGAGACGACCAAGGGCGAGAAGACGGUUGGGUGA